AUGCUGCGCGCCCUCCUCUCCCUCCACGCCGCGACGGCGCUUAAAGUAGCCAUCACGGGCGCGACCGGCCGCCUCGGCCGCCGCGCCGUCGAGAAGCUCGUCGCGCAGGGCGCCGCCGUGCGCUGCCUCGUGCGCCACGAGCCGGCGGCGGUCGGCGACGACGCGGGCUCGGGGCCCGAGGUCGCCAGGUGGCUGCAGGACCUGUCGCCGUCCGUGGAGCUGCUCAUGGGCGACGUCGUCGACGCGGGCGCGGUGGCGGAGCUGGUAAGGGGCUGCGACGCCGUGCUCGCGCUCCACGGCGCGACGCGGCGGCGGCGGCUCGCGGACCUCUGGGAGGACGCGACGGCGGACCCGAACCACGCCAAGAACGUGAACUGCGACGCCGUCGACCGCCUCGCCCGGGAGGCGGCGAAGGCCGGCUGCCGGCGCGUCGUCCGCGUGACGGGCAAGGGCGAGGCGCCGUGGUCCUUCUUCUCCGUGCUCAUCAACCUGCUGGGCUGCCACGCCAAAACCUGGAACUACGAGGGCGAGCGGCGGCUCCGCGCGAACGCGGCCAUCGACUACACGAUCGUCCGGCCGGGCGUCAUGGGCGUCGAGACGGAGCUCGCGCCGGACGCGCUCGCGCUCGCCGACGACGGCGGCGACCUCAAGGUCUCGGCGAUCCCGCACGCCGCCGUCGCCGACCUCUGCGUCGAGGUGCUGGGCUACCCGAACGCCGCGCGCGCGACGCUCUGCGCGAUGACGGUAGAUCAAGGAGAGGGCGCGGCGUCGUACGCCGACCUCCUGCCGGCCGUCCGGCCGGACCGGCGGGCCUUCCCGGGCGACGAGCUCCGCCGCGCCAGCUUCCGCGCCGUGCGCGUCGGCGGCGCCGCGCUCGCCAUCUUUUUUGGUGCCACGGCGUGGGGCGCGCUGUCGGCGGCGCGGGCGCUCGUGCGCGUCGCGACGCCGCUCGUGCGCGGGGCGCUGGGUGUAUAGUGCUUUUGAUACCCAGCUUGUUAUACUUCUGUUACGGCGGCAGAGAGCCGUUAUUGGGGCGAAACCUGCUUGCUAGUGUCUUACAGGCCGCUAGCGCGGAUUUGCUGCCGGAGCUCUGCUCGAGCUCUGCUCCGCACUGAGAGGCUCCGGACGCUCCGGACGCCGCGCGAGGACAGGCCGCGUUUUUGGAGAUCGCACUACAUUCAGAACGAUGCGUCAGUCAUGGUUAUUCAUGAUUCCGGCGGUGGCAGCCCUCAGCGCCCACACCAGGCGGCGGCAGCAAACAGCUUGGAUUAGCACCCACACCAAAUGGCAGCAUUGUAUCAGCCGCCGCGGUCUGGCUGGCGCCGUCGUCGCGACCGCCGGCAUCGUGCCGAAGCCAUGCGCUGCAAGCGUCGACGACCUUCCGCCGGACGCUCUGAAGGCUCUUGCACGCUAUCAGGGGACGCUGCAGAUCGCGGCCGACACGUUUGUCUUCGGGAUCGGCGAGCAGGCCAAGGACCCGAAGCUGUGGGACGCUCUACCCAAGGCCAUCGCGCCGGGGGCGAGGCGCAGUGCAUAACUCAAAUGUCGGCGCGGUGCACCCGAAUCACUGGUUGAUUUGCGCGCAGGCACAGGCGGCCGAGCGUACGCUGUGGGCUCCGCUCAACGGGCUCGCACUCACCUUCCUCGACGACGAUUUGGUGGACCGCAUCCGGACGUUCGAGCUUGCAGUGAAGGACCUCGCGUCUACGGCAGUCAAUUCACGGGGCGCGGAUCCGUCCCAAGUGAACGCGAAGGCCAUCGCCCGUGUCACGAAACUCCACGCCGAGUGCGUCGCCGGGCUAGACAAAGUCUUCAAGCGGGUCAACGCCCUGGCGGCGCCGGACAGGCCGCUCGUGGCGUCGGCGACGGCCCGGUCGGGGGCGCUCUACACGGACUACGUCAAGAACGUGGCCCAAUGCCAACAGGCAGGCGGCCCCAUGGUCUCGGUGCAGACGGGCGGACUCGCUCGAGGCGCAGUACCUCGCCGGGCAGCGGUAGUAGUAAUGUCGUUUCGGUUAGUUCGUUCGGUGCAGGGGGCUGUUACGGUGCUAGGGAGGUGCUAGGGAGGUGCUAGGAGGACUAGUAGGCAGGCCCCUGGGGGGAGACACCGCGUGUCGCCGAUUCGUCGGCGGCGGGCGCGGGCCGCUUGGAUGUCAUCCAUUGUUACGGUGCUGGAACUAGUGGGCGGAGCCCCUGCCCAGGGCUGGGACCGCGUCGCCGUGCUAGCGGCACGUAAGACACUAGCAAGCCCAUUCGAUCAGUUGGCACCGGGGCAGCCAUGCAAGUGGUCUGGCAGAUGGAACCAUGAUGCGGCGGGCCGUCGUCGCCGUCCUGGCGCUGGCGCGGGCGGACGAAGUGCGCUUCGCCGCCAAGGUCAGCAGCUGGUGGCACAGCGAUGUCGCGCCGACGUUCGAGACCCUCGAGGCCGUCGCCCGCCAGCACCUCCGGAAGAAGGACUACGGCGCGUUCCAGCGGGCGACGGGCACGUCCGUCGGCGAACUGCUGGCGGGCCUCCGCAGUUGCGACGCGAACGCGACCCGCGACGGCGCGACGCUGCCGCACGAGGCGCUGCCGGUGGUCAUGAGCACGAAGAAGGUCGUGCCACACCCCCUCAACGCGCGCGGCUUGCAGGCCUUCCGCGCGUUGCUGGCGAUCCGAAUUAUGGCCGACGCCGUCCGGGACAGCGCGCCGCCCGGCGACGCGGCGGCCGCCUGGCGGGCGGCGCUCCUCCGCGACGGCGUCGUCGCGGAGGCCUACGACCCGCCGGGCGGCCGGCUCCUGCCCGCGGCCAUCGCGGCGAAGUUCGAGGCGCUGUUCCGGCGCAACUUCUCGACGGCGACGGCCGGCGGCUGGGAGCGCGCCGUCACGGCGCCGAACGACAAGCAGCACUACCUGCACGUCGACACGUACCUACCGACCUACAAGGCGUGGAUCUUCCUCAACGUGACCGUCGAGGACGGCCCCUUCGCUUAUGUUCGCGGCUCGCACCACGCGUCCGUCCCCAAGCUCCGCUGGCUCUUCGAGCGGACGCGGCAUCUCACGUCGACGCGGGCGAUGCCGCGCGCGUCGCCGCACUUUUACGCCGCGCGCGGCCCAUUUGAGGAGGCGACGUUCGGCUACGAAGCGUCCUUGCGCUUCCCCGGCGCCGACCCGGACGACGCCGCCGCGACCGCGGCCGCGCUGCGCGCCGCCAACUUAGAGCGGCCGACGCUCCUCACGGGCUCGCGGGCGCUAGCCGUCGUCGCCGACACGUCGGGCCUGCAUAUGCGCGCGCGUCAGGCGCCCGGCCGCGUCCGGACGCAGAUCCUACCGCCCAUACCGCUCCUCCCGCGACUACCUCCGGCCGACCCGCUGCCCAAACUCGCCGGCGAGGCCGUGGGCGGCGGGCGCAACUGCGCGCCGCGGCGCAACGUGUUCCACUGCGCGAGCCACACGCUGCAGUGCGCGCUGCCCUAAUUGUUUGUUCUCGUG